CGAUUCAAUAAAACAGACAGAGUCAAAUCAAUUUUUCACUUUUAUUUUACGAACAUUUGUGCUGUGAACUGUGUGCAACUUUAAUAAAUAAUGGCUGGUGUUUUAUGCGACGUAAAUUGUGAUGUUUCGGCUAUAUUGUUUGACUUGGACAAUACUCUCAUACAAACACGUAAAGGAGAUGCAAAGGCCUGCAAUAAGCUAGUGGAAAUCCUGACGCAGCAGUACGGCAUGAGCGGCGAGGAGGCGGUGGCGAGCAGCACCAGCUUCCUGCGGGCGUUCCGCGCGCGCCCCGACGACGAUGAAUACACGCUCGAGAAGUGGCCCGAGCACCUCUGGAGGAACUGCCUGCCGAAGAACUAUAGGCAUAUCGCCAAAAGCAUAUCCACUGAGUGGCUAAAAUUAAGAUUUCAAUGUUUAGCAUUAACUCCAGAUGUGGUGCACCUGCUGGAAACCCUACGGGAGGAUUACCUACUUGGGCUGAUCACGAACGGGACGUCGCGAGCGCAGUGGCAGAAGAUCGAGCUGCUCGGGCUGCGCAAGUACUUCGACGUGCUGCUGGUGUCCGGGGACCUGCCGUGGGAGAAGCCCGACCAGAACAUCUUCCUGGAGGCGUGCAAGCUGCUGGGCGUGCCGCCGCGCAACUGCAUCAUGGUGGGCGACAAGCUCGAGACGGAUAUCAAGGGGGGCAAAGAAGCCGAGCUGGGCGGCACCGUCUGGAUCCCGCUGUACAAGGAAACGGAAGUGUCGGACUUGCCGGAUGUGACCAUAGACUGCGUCACGGAAUUACCGGAAGUGCUACCGAACUCUCCCAGCUUCAGACGAUCUGCACACGCAAAGAAAUUUGUUAAUUAUUAAUCUUACAGAAAAUUACUUUCUGUUUCGAUGCUGCCUGAAUCUGUAGUUUGUAGCGAAUGGAUUAAUGAUGAUUUUGUCAUCAUCACCGAUGUCUGUCUAUUACAGACGAUUUAUUCACUGUCUAAAAUGCAUAAUUAUUUUGAAGGCUGUGUAAAAUGAACACACGUAUUGCAAGAGAAGUUCCCGCCUGGCGAACUACUGUCGGUUUGGUUUUGUAAUCAUCAAAGGAAGCUUAUUCUAUUUCCUGAUGAAGACAACUUUUACCCUUAGCUCUUAGCACAAUUAUGCUGCUGUUAAUUAAUUAAUUAGGGUUUAUAAAUGGGGAUAACUGGUUCCUUAGGUGUACUUAAGUGACGUUGAGAGCAGUUUCGCUCGACUAAUGCGGAAACAGCCUCAUUAUACAAAUGAGACUCUGUUACUUCUAUUCAAUUAAUCAUCCUUGAUCUGCGUUUAACAGUAUUUGAAGUACAAUAGCUUAGGUAAGUUACAGUACAAAAGUUAAUUUAUUUUUGACACAAUUUUAAUUUCCGGUUCCCCUACUAUGCACAAAGUUACCAUGUGUACAGAGAUAUAUAUUUAGUUUUAUAAGAUAUGGAUCGUGUUAUUCCUUCAUAUGAUUAUGACGAAGACUUUGAAGAUCUGAAAUAUAAUUCUAAAGGAACGAGAUAUUUUUAUAUCAAAAGUAACAUACAUUUCAUUUUACUUUCCGACACAUAGGUACUAUGUGGUCCUUAAAUAUAAAUAUGUAAAUACAUUUUAUAUAAAGCAUAAUCUUUAAAGAAACCGACUGUCCUUUUUGUGAUAUUGACGUAAGUAGAUAGCUCUAAAUGUAAAAUUAUAUAUUUUAUUAACUGUUCCUAUCUGAAACGAAAAGUAUAUUAUAUGUAUAUCUAUCUACGUGUGUACAAACGGACAGACACAAAAGUUGAAUGUGUAUUUUUUUUAUUUAGUUUAAGGGCUUUAUUUAUUGGAACAUGUGACUGUGUAUUAAGUUUUGUAGCCAUUUUAUAUUUCUCAGUAGGUUGUAGAAAGUUAGUGAGUAGGGAUAAAUAGGGCGUCAAGAUUUAAAUGUAGGGUAAUUCGUUAGUCUGGGGCUAAGCCAAAAUUGAAUGUAGGUGAAGACUUGAACUUUGCUUAAAUUGUGGUUGUUCUUGUUUAGACACUAGUAGUACUGAGACAUUUAUUUUCGAUACAAGUGCAGGUGAGAGGAAAACUAUUUUAGAGUAUCUAUAAUGAUAACCCUAAAUACUGUGUAUUUGUCAAGUUGCGUGCCACAGAGCCAAACAUGUUCUUGAUAAACUUGUAUUUUGUAAAUGUAUAGGUAAGUAUGUCCAUUCUUGCAGUAUUUUUGUCACAGCUUUAUUCGGUCGUCUAGGAGGCUUAUUGUUUCGAAUGUUGAUGACAAAGCAGAAAUUGUGUAAAAAUGUUAUUUUGGCAUAAUAAAUGUUAUUUUCUUA